UUUUGGCUUCUCAAGACUUUGACCAAAAAGUGAGAAUCAAAGUGGCAAGAGAAUGGCUUCUGGGUGCCUAACAGCCUUGUCUCAUAAAUUGUUAACACUGCAAGAUGGUUGUAGACUUCACCCAAGAGGAAUGGAGCCUGUUGGAUCCUGCUGAGAAGGACCUUUUCUGGGAUGUGAUGCUUGAAAACUAUGAGAACUUUGUCUCCCUUGCAUCUUUCCAAAUGUUUCCUCAUGAGCAAGGACUUCCAGAUUCCAAACCACUUCUGAUUUCUCAGUUGGAGAGAAGAGAAGCCCCAUGGCUACCAAUGGAAGAAGUCCUAAAAAGCAUUUAUGUGGAUUUUCUUCCUGAACAUAAUACAUUUGGACUGAAAUGCAGUCUAGGAUCAAUCCUCACUACACAACAGAAAAUUCCUGGGAAAAAAUGUGUCCAUGAAUAUGAAAACCUUGGGAAGAACUUCACUCUGUUUUCAGACCUAAGUGAUCAUAAUAGAAUCUGCUUAGGAGAGAAACUGUCUCAGCAUAAGAAAUUCAAGAAGCCCUUCAUUCACCAUUCAAAACAUAUGUAUUCCCAUAGGACAUAUCCUCAGGGAAAACUCUCUAAACAUGAUAAAGUUGGCAAAGACUUCAAAAGCAUCAAAUCACAGGUUCCUGAACCUCAAAGUGUUUAUAGUGGUGAGGAGAAAAUUUUUGAAUGUAAUGAACAUAGGAAAGCUGACCACAGUAAACAAUACUUAACUGCAUAUCAAACAACACAUACUGGAGAGAAGCCCCAUAAAUGCAAAGAAUGUGAAAAAGUCUUUAGUUCCUGGAUAAACCUUUUUCUACAUAAGAAAAUUCAUAGUGGAGAGAAAUCCUACUUAUGUAAUGAAUGUGGCAAAGCCUUUAAGCAGAAACAACACCUUAAAACCCAUAAGGUGAUUCACACUAGACAGAAGCCUUAUGAAUGUAAUAUGUGUUUGAAAGCCUUCAGUAACAAAUACUACUUAGACCAACAUAAGAAAAUCCAUACUAUUGAUGUAGCCUAUAAAUGUCAUUGUGGGAAAGCAUUCUGCCAGGAAUCACACUUUAUUAAACAUAAGUUAGUUCAUACUAAAGAAAGGCCAUUUGGGUGUAAUGAAUGUGGGAAAGCUUUCAGCAAUAAACACUACCUAAGCAAACAUCAAAAAAUUCAUAUUGGAGUGAAACCCUUCAAAUGUAAUGAAUGUGGGAAGGCCUUUAGCAGUAAUAGCUACCUAAUUCAGCAUAAAAAAAUUCAUACUGGAGUGAAGCCCUUCAAAUGCAAUCAAUGUGGGAAAGGCUUUAUGAGUAAUAGCUACCUAAUUCAGCAUCAAAGAAUCCAUGCUGGAGGAAAGCCGUAUAAAUGUUAUGAAUGUGGGAAAGCUUUCAGCAGUAAUAGCUACCUAAUUCAGCAUCAGAGAAUUCAUACAGGUGAGAAACUAUAUAAAUGUAAUGAAUGUGGGAAGACUUUCAUUAGUAAUAAACAGCUAUCACAACAUAAAAGAAUACAUACUGGAGAGAAGCCUUAUAGCUGUAAUGAAUGUGGAAAAACCUUCAGGCAGAUGGGACAUGUUGAAACACAUAAAAAGAUUCAUACAGGUGAGAAGCCUUUUGAAUGCAGUGAAUGUGGGAAAGCCUUCAUCAGUAAUCAACAGCUAUCACGACAUCAAAGAAUUCAUAUUGGAGGGAAACCCUAUAAAUGUAAUGAAUGUGGAAAAGCAUUCAGUAGUAAUAGCUACCUAACUCUACAUCAAAGAAUCCAUCCUGGAGGGAAACCCUAUAAAUGUAAUGAAUGUGGCAAAGUCUUCAUCAGUAAUAAUAACCUAAUUCAGCAUCAAAAAAUCCAUCCCGGAGAAAACCCCUAUAAAUGUAAUGAAUGUGGGAAAGUCUUCAGCAGUAAUAGCUACCUAAUUCAACAUCAGAGAAUUCAUACUGGAGAAAAACCCUACAAAUGUAAUGAAUGUGGAAAAGCCUUCAUCUGUAAUAGCUACCUAAUUCAACAUCAACGAAUCCAUACUGGAGGGAAGGCCUAUACGUGUAAUGAAUGUGGAAAAGCCUUUAGCAGUCUUCAAAAGCUCACUCUUCAUCAAAGAAUUCAUACUGGAGAGAAACCCUAUAAAUGUAAUACAUGUGGGAAAGCCUUCAACAGUAACAGCUAUCUCAUUGAACAUCAAAGAAUCCAUACUGGAGAGAAACCCUAUAAAUGUAAGGAAUGUGGCAAAGCCUUCAGGCAAAGUUCAUCACUUAUGCAACAUCAGAAAAUUCAUACUGGAGAGAAACCCUAUAAUUGCAAUGAAUGCGGAAAGGCCUUCAGGCAGAGUUCAUCCCUUAUGCAACAUCAGGUAAUUCAUACUGGAGAGAAACCCUACAAAUGUAACGAGUGUGGGAAAGCAUUUAACAAUAAUCAAAAUUUAUCACGACACCAAAGAACUCAUACUGGAGAGAAGCCCUAUAAAUGUAAUAAAUGUGGAAAAGCCUUCAGCAGUAAUAGCUACCUAACUCAGCAUCAAAGAAUCCAUACUGGAGAAAAACCUUAUAAAUGUAAUGCAUGUUGGAAAGCCUUUAGCAGUAAUCAGAAGCUCUCUAGACAUCAAAGAGUCCAUACUGGAGAAAAACCCUAUAAAUGUAAUGAAUGUGGGAAAGCCUUCUGCCAUAAUAGCUAUCUGAUUCAGCAUCAGAGAAUUCAUACUGGAGAGAAACCCUAUAAAUGUAAGGAAUGUGGUAAAGCUUUCAGGCAAAGUUCAUCACUUGUGCAACAUCAGAAAAUUCAUACUGGAGAGAAACCCUAUAAUUGUAACAAAUGUGGGAAAGCUUUUAGUCGAAGUUCAUCCCUUAUGCAACAUCAGGUAAUUCAUACUGGAGAGAAACCCUACAAAUGUAAGGAGUGUGGGAAAGCAUUCAAUAAUAACAAAUAUUUAUCAAGACAUCAAAGAACUCAUACUGGAGAAAAACCCUAUAAAUGUAAUAAAUGUGGGAAAGCCUUCAGCAGUAAUCAAAGGCUCUCAGGACAUCAACAACUCCAUAAUGGAGAAAAACUCUAAAUGUAAUGAAUGAGGGAAAGCCUUUUGCACCAGGUCUAGAUUUGAAGCAUAAAGCAAUUCAUUCUGGAGAAAGACUUGUCUAAAUAUAAUGAAUGCAGGAGAGGCCUUAGGUUUAAUCAAAUUUUAUCUGAACAAGAUUGCCCUACACACCAUACAAAUGCUUACCCAGCCUUUGUUCUUUAAUGAGGAGGAGCCCACUGGGUUCCUGAGGAAGUCUGCCCCACUUUUGGGUAGUGCUUGUUAUUAGGAAGUUUUUCCUUAUAUCAAGCCUAAAUUUGCCUUUUUGCAAUUUCCCUCCCAAGAGGCCCAAGAGAACAAGCCAAAUCCUUCUUGCCUGUGAGAAACCACCAUAUGCUUGAAGUCAGCCAUGAUAGCCUGUUUUCAGUUCUUCAGAUAAAAUACCCUCAGUUUAUCCUCCUAUAACAUGAACUAACACACCAUUCACCAGUUAAGUUGCUUUUCUCCAGACUCCUUAAACUUCUCUUUCCUAAAAUGUGGUAUGCAAAUCUGAUGACGAAAUUCUAAAUCUAUUCUGGCUGAGAUGCACAUUCACAAGACUGUCACUCCUGGUCUUAUUCCUCUCCUAACGUAGCCCAAGACUGCAUUUGCCAUUUUGGCUGCCCUUUCACUCUUUGGCUCCUUAAUGAGCCUGUUAUCCACCAGAAUUCCGGAUCUUUUUCUUAUGACCUACUUCUAGCCAUCCCUCUACUUUCAUGUGUGCAGUUGAUAUUUUGAGUUCAACUGUAAGAUUUUCCAUUUUUUUUAUUUCAUCAUAUUCAGUUUGGCCCUAUUUGGUCAGGAGUCAAGAUCUUUUGGAAUCUUGGCUGUUAUUAGCUGCCCCUGCCACAUUUGUAUCAGCUGCACAUCAGAUAACCAUGGCACAUACACCCUUAGCUAAGCCAUUAAUUGAAAUAUUAAACAGAUCAGGGCCUAGCACAGAUCCCAGGAACAUUGCACCAAAAAUUUCGUUCCAAGAUAACAUAAUCAUCAUCAUCAUAAUAGUGUCUAUUAUAUAGUGUCUAUUAUAUUCCAGAUGCUCUGCUUUAUCAAGCCCUUUACCAAGAGUAUCUCAUUCAAUCCUCAUAAACUCUCCCUCCCAGGUACAUGCUAUUGUUACCCUCAUUUUACAGGUGACGAAACUAAGGCAAAGAGGUUUAGAGACUUAUGUAAGAUCACACAGUAAAUAUCUGAGAUUUGAACUUAGGUCUUCCUUGACUUUAUGGCUAGUUUUGUAUCUGCUGCACCACUUAGCUGCCCUCAACUUAUACCCACUGACAUAAAGUAAAAUAAUAAUUUAUUCAACAUAGGAGACAAGGUGUCAGAUUUUGUCACCAGUUACAAUAGUGUUAGUUGCCUUGAGGGUGAAGAAUGGCUAAGUUCUCCUUAUGUCCAUCUUCCUAUAAAUACUCAGGUUAGAGUAUUCUAGGUCCUAGAGGAGAUUAAAUGAAAAAUGGUUUGUGGCUGCGUGUAGCUCACAGGAUCCAGAGAGGAGACAGGAGACAUGACAUGCACAUAACUGAAAUAUAAAAUAUUACAUGAGACACAAGUUGCCUGAGAAGAGAAUCCAAGGCUGUUAUUUCCUGAGUUCCAAGUUUUUGUGUAAAGGAGAGGGGAAUUUGACUUCCUUAGAGAGCAUAAUCCCAUAAUCAAACCUCCCAGCCUCUAAGGGAGAUUUCUAGGAUGGCACCCACUUUGGGAGAUGCCAUGUCAUCAAUGCCCAAGUUUCAGAGUUCCUGAGUUUGACAACUCCAGGCAUUGGGUCUUCUAGAGCAGUUGUGUCAAACUUAUGUAGAAAUGGGCCACUCAGCAGUAAACAAGGACCUGUUCUUGCUGCACAUUAACUUAAAGAAACCACAUGAACAUUAUGUUCUUUUGUAUUUUUAUUUAUUUUAUUAAAUAUUUCCCAAUUACAGUUUAAUCUUGUUUGGGCAACACCGUUAUGGUGUGUUUGAUACCUCUGUUCUAAAGAGAGUUUUAAUGCAUCCUACUGUUGGUUGAAGGGGAAAAAAUGUCCCCAGUGGUUUCCUGUGCAGCAUCCUUCCCUAUUUGGAGUGCAAAGUUGCACUCUAGAAGUCAGAAGAAGUGACGUCUACAGCCAGGCAGUGUGCAGCUCCUGUGAACCUUUCUAAUGUUGACCUUAUACGGCAGAAUACUUGCCUUCCUGAUGCCACCUGUAAUUGGGGAAGAGUGUAUUGAAGGAAAGAUGACUUGGUCCUUUUCUUGCAUGCUAUUUUAGCAAAUAGCUUUUGUUCCUUGACUGACAAUUGAGAGGUAAACACAUUGGUUGGGGCUUCUGAGCUAUAGUUUUAGGCAUUUAGGGUUAUAUAGAGUACCUGGAACCUGGGGCUACUGACCUCAAGUACACAUUGGAAACACCUACAGAUGCAUUCCCUCCCCACUCUAAAUCCGUGAUGCUAUGAUACAUCAAUGGGAGAUACACAUCUGCUGUGGGUGCUUUCUGUUUUGUUCUCAUCCUGGUCCUGUUCUGCCUUUCCUGCUGCAUUCUGUGGUUGAUCCAUCCUGACCUGCUUACCGUUCUUCAGACACAACCUUCCACCUCCCCUCUAUGCCUUUGCACUGACCAUCCUCCUUACCUGGAACAUUCUCCCUCCUGGCUUCUUGGACUCCUUUUAAACCUGGGCUCAGAUGCUACCUUCUCGGGAACUUGGCUUCUGGUGCCUUUCUCUCCAAAAUUACCUUCUGUAAACUCCCUGUUUAUCUUGUGGCCACCCUUAUAUGUACACGUAUUCUUUAUUAAAAUGUAAGCUCCUGGGGGCAGCUAGGUGGCACAGUGGA